AUGAAUGAAACUUUUGAAUAAUGCCUGUCCAUGCAAUCAGGCGGAAACAAGCGUUAACGAAGUCCGCUGCAAGUCAAAUUUGUUACUUAACGUAGUUUCUAGGCAAACAAAUAAUCCCAUUAAGAAUACGAAUAGUAACGAUUACUAUUGGACUAUUCAAGAUAGGGAUUAACAAUUUUUAAUGUAAGUUGUGGUUCAUCAUAAAAGGACAGGAUGAUAUGGAACGGUCUACUGUAUCUGAUGUUGAACGAAAACAAACUCAAAGAAUUUGAUACAAAUAUUUUUAAAAAGACUCCAUUAUUAUAGAAUUUAUCCCUGGAAGAUAAUUAACUGCAGUAAUUCGGACCCAUCUCAUAUACAGAUGUGCCGAAACUCAUAAUCCUCAAUAUUGCAAAGAACCUAUUGAAGUCUAUUGAUCCUUCAAUAUGCAGAUUGCGUCUAAAGAAACUGUAUAUUUAAUAAAAUUACUUUACUAACAUAACUAAGGAAGUUCUGGAUUUAAGUGACACUCUGGAAGUGCUGGGUCUGGGAUGGGGUAUAUUUUGUCAAGCUUAAUUUGAUUUCCUCUUAGAGAAUUAGAAGUUGAAGGUGUUUUUUACUUUGAUGGAAGCGAUGUCUGAUGAAUUAACAUUUGAAUUAUACAUAAUGAACUAUAAAUCAAUCAGCAAUGCAGUUAUUGUUAGUUAAGGGGACAUUCUAAAUGAUAGCAUAAAUUCUCAAAACGAGCAACUCCUCACCCAAAUCAAGGAGUAGCUGAAUUACCAUUCACUUGAGAUUGAGACUUCAUUGAAUUACAUGAAUGAUUACAAACAAAAUCUCAUGCAUUUGGCAGUCCUCUAUGACGAAAUUGGAAUUUUAGAUUAUCUCUUAAACCAUCAUUUGGAUUUGGCUAAUUAAAUCGACCUUAAAGGACACACUCCAUUAAGUUUGGCAAUAGAAAAAAAGUAUUAUCGUUUGGUCUCUCUGCUACUGAAAUUCAAUAUCAACGUGAAUUUGGGAGGCGGAUUGCAAUCCUCCAAUUUGCACAUUGUAGCCUAACAAUGUCAAGUGGAAUUGCUCUAGGAUCUAAUAAAUAUAGGGGCUAAUCCUGCACAGUAUGACAUAUUCAAGGAUACUCCUUUGCAUAUAGUCAGUUCAUUUAGUGAUCACAAAAGAGUAAAAUAGUUUUAUUAAGUUAUAUUGCAAUAGCCAUUUGAUGUUAAUCACUAUAAUUUAAAGGGAUAAACUUGUUUGGAGAUUUUAAUCGAAAAAAGCAACCUAAUUACAUUGCAAUUCUGCAAUGAAUGGAACACUGCUUAGAAGAGAUAAUUGAGUGAUCAAAACAUGUUUAAUUUUUGCAGCAUCAAUCCUCAUACAAAGUUAUCCUUAUUGGACAAAUCAAUCAUAAACAAAACCUUGAUGAUUCAAUAGUUUUUAAUUGACUUUCAACUUGUUCCCAUUACUUAUCAAACGUUGAUGCUUUGUUUCUUGCCCAAAAUCAAUAACGUUUUCUUAUAUAAAAUAUUAAAGAAAUAAUAAUUGGUUUAAAUUAGAAAUUAACUCAUCUACUAAGAAGAUUACUUUUAUGAGGACUCUGAUUCGAUUCCGAAUGUUUCUCCUCCAGUAGAAGCAGUUGAGAAACUAAAUUUGAGUGAUGAAAAUAGUUCCUUUGAUGAUGAUUAAAUGAGCAAUAUUAGUGAUAAUGCACCUGGCUAAGUAUCAGAAAAUUUAAAGUAAUUAAAUAGUUGGACUCCUAAAUUCUAAAGUAUAAGGAAUGGCAAUCUUAAUUUUAAAAAAUCAUUUUAUGAUAUCUUAUCUAAUCUAACCGAAUGCAUACCCGAGGAUGAGACUUCAUUUAUUCAUUUGAAUAAGGAUAUAAUAAACAAUGGAAGCAAGUUAGUUACUAAAAAGAAUAUGGAUGAAAUUUAUACUUCAAGAUUGGAACAGAAACUCAAUAGAAGCAAUAAAUAGAAUUUGAAAUAGCAUAAUUAUUCUCCAAACAAUAUUCGAAUGAUAGAAAAUAGAAAUUCAAUAUUUAAGUAUGAUAACUAUCACUAAAAAAGAUAGUUGGCAAUUUUGUAAAAGCAAAUGCGUUAAAUCAUCGUCAGUCUCCAAAGCCAUUUAAGAGGUUCCAAUCAACAGAAUGAAGAAAUCACAGGGCAAUAUUGUAGAACUCAAUUUAUAAUCUUGGACUAAUUCUUGAAUUCUAAAAUUGGAAAAGAAUUGAUUACUAUCGACAAACCCCUUCAAGCAGAAAUAAGAACAUUAAGGACUUUAAUUGAAUAAGACAGAUUCAAACCAAAAGCUGCCAAUCCAGUACUUGAAUUGUUUGAUUUAUUGAAAUGA